AUGUUCCUGCGACACAAGAAAGGGAUUUGAUCGACGUCGUCAAUGAGCUGCAAAACAAACUCGCCGCCAGUGGCCACAGCGUGGAUAUUUCCUUGCCGCAGAUUGCUGUCGUCGGAGGUCAAAGCGCUGGGAAAAGCAGUGUUCUCGAAAGUUUUGUCAGAAAGGAAUUUUUACCACGAGGAGCAAACCUAGUGACUAGAAGACCAACAAUUGUGCAGCUGAUACCCAGUCAAGGAGAAGAAUAUGCAGUAUUUUUGCAUAAACCCGAGGAAAGGUUCACAGACUUCAAAUUGGUUAAGAAGGAAAUAUUGGAAGAGACAAACAGAGACCCAGGGCCUAAGGGAUUCUCAACCAAUCCGAUCAGCCUCAAGAUUUUCUCCCCAAAUGUAUUGAAGCUGACGUUAGUUGACCUUCCUGGUGUAAUCAAAGUGACAGUGCAAGGGCAAUCGGACGACAGUGUCCAGGUGGUCCGAGAUAUGGUACUGCAGUACAUCCAGAAACCGAAGUGUAUCAUAUUAGCUGUGAUCCCUGCUAACCAAGAUAUCGCCAAUUCAGAUGCCCUGGAUGUUGCCAAAGUUGCAGACCCUGAGCGAGAGAGAACCAUCGGAGUACUUACAAAGCUGGAUUUAAUGGACAAAGGGACAGACGCGAGAGCUAUCCUGGAAAAUAAAAUGGUAUACUUAAAAAGAGGAUUCGUGGGGGUCUUGAAUAGAGGUCAGAAGGAAAUAGACGAUGAAAAAGAUUUUGCAUUCAUUCUAGAAAAAGAACGCAAGUUUUUUGCAGAGCAAGAAUGCUAUAAGUGA